UCGAGUUUGAAACUUACACUCAAGCGGAGUUGUAAAUAGUUGUUCGAGUUGUUGGCUCGUACUCAAACUGUAGAAACAUGUAAAAAGUCGACUAAAACAUAUAUCUAUAUAUACACAUAUAAAUAUUUGUUUGCCUGCAAAAUUAUUUUCAACUUUAAUUUCGACCAAACAAAUAUAACAACAUUAAACAAAAACGAAAAAAAAAAAACAAAAUCGAACGAACGAAACAACCAAACGGGUUAUUGCUUGCAUGUAGUCGUAGUACCAAGUAGAAAACGAAACUUUUAGAAACGUCAAGAUAGGGAUUCGGAUUAAAGAAGAGGUCGCAGCUAAUUUCUGGUGCGUAUAACUCCAUUAGAGGACGAUUAGCAUACUCAAGGACAAACGGACGGACGAGGAGCUAGGAGCUUGGAGCUCGGAGCUCGGAACUAGGGGCUGACGUGCCAACGAUAAUUAAAUAAGCGGCCAAGAAGCACGGAGGAUAAGUGGCCCAGGACACUGGUCCUGCAGUUGGCAACUAAAAGCAAAAGCGAACCAGAAAACUUCAUCAAAACACUCGGAUAAAGUGGAAAACGUGUGCGUGCGCGUGUGAGAAAACUUUCUGCAGGGCGAGCGAUUUAAUUCCGACCCUCUGCCAGUCGGCCAGUCCCCCAGCCAGCUGGAAAUGUCCAUGGCCAUGGACCAUCAUCAUCAACAUCGCCAUCUCAACAUGUGGCCCACGUUUCCCAUCUGCCUGCUGCUUCUCCAGGCGGCCACCAGCACGAUGGCCAUCGAUUUGAGCCGCUUGUACGGCCACAUGGCCAAUCCCAUCCAGAAGAGGAGCGAUGCCUGUCACCCAUACGAGCCCUUCAAAUGUCCUGGCGAUGGUAAUUGCAUUUCCAUCCAAUAUUUAUGCGACGGUGCACCCGAUUGCUCCGACGGAUACGAUGAGGAUAUGCGACUUUGUACAGCGGCCAAACGUCCGCCGGUGGAGGAGACCGCAUCCUUCCUCCAGAGCCUGAUCGCCUCCCACGGACCCAAUUACCUGGAAAAACUUUUCGGCAGCAAGGCCCGCGAUGCCCUUUCACCUUUGGGCGGUGUGGAGAAGGUGGCCAUUGCCUUGAGCGAGUCACAAACCAUUGAGGACUUUGGCGCUGCCCUUCAUCUAAUGAGAUCGGACUUGGAACAUUUGCGCUCGGUUUUCAUGGCAGUGGAGAACGGUGACCUUGGCAUGCUGAAGUCCUUGGGCAUCAAGGACUCGGAGCUGGGCGACGUGAAGUUUUUCUUGGAGAAACUGGUCAACACCGGCUUCCUCGACUGAGUAGCGCCAGAUCCGGCUUCUGGAUUUUAUUACGCACACGCACAACCCAUCAAUCCUAAUUUCUAUUCGUAUUUGGGUACGCCCUAUGAUAAUUACAAUUAUUAAAUGCGAAUUACACACCCAACCUCCCACACGUACCUACACUCAUCGUCCCUUAACACAACCACCCAUACAAGUGCCCAUUCAUUUCCGCCAAAAAGAUAUUUUCUCAAACUCUAUUUUUGGUUAUAAUUUAAUCUGUUGCUUUCGAAACCCUUUUGACGAUUUCAGUUAUAAUUACUUUUCUUUUUCCCAACACUUUUAUAUAAAACAAGUAUAAAACCAAUCAAAAAAUAAAAAAAAUGGCAAAAUAUGAUUAAAAAAUGAAAAAAAAAUAUAUACACAAUGCGAACAGAGAAAAUAUAAAGCAAAAAAAUCCGAUUUUUCGAUCUAUUAUAUAUCGGCUGCUUUCUACGAAAUCAAAUCUUAGCUUUCUCCCAACUUUCUGCGCUCUUUUUCAACAUUCCUAUAUUUAUGUGUUGCGUCUCUAUCGCGAUCUAUAUUUAUUUUGAGAAAAUCAAUGCGCAAAUUUCAGAACAUUGCAAACCAAACUUCAUAAGAAAUAGUCAAAUAAAAUGUGGAAGCAGGAUCGUUUGGCAAAAUACAAAACGGAAAAAGCUAAAAGUAAACGUAAAUUUUAAAAGCAAAUUGUAUUAAUGUUUAUAUAAAACCUUUUCUGAAACAUAUAUAUGUGUACCGAUAUGUAUUGAAUCCUUUUUAUUAAUGUGUAUGUAAAGUGUUUCAAGGCUUUUUAAAACCGUCACUUAUGGUAUUCACACUAAAGUCCCUACAAAAAAAAAAAAAACAAUUUAUGCAAAUCCGAAACCGAGGCUAUCAGUACAGAACCUUCCAACCACUUUCUUCAGUACUUUCCCAAGUACACUUAUCCUCUUUCGAUAACCGUCUAUUAAUUAAAUUAUAUACAAAUGUAUAGGGUAUAUCCUUAGUUUUAGUGAUUAAUUGUAGCGAAAGCCCUGCAGCUAUUGUUGUUUCCAGUAGAACAUACAGUCCACUGUUCGAAAUAAAAUGAGGAAUAUUAAGAAAAGAUUUAAAAACUAUACAUAUCAUAGAAACAACCCCAACUAUGUCGAGCUACUGUGCAACAGGUAAUGGUCUUGAGUUGCAUAAUUCACAAAACAGUUUUCUGUGUCUAAGGAAAAAUAUAAACGUUGAUCAUUCAAAGGGAUCUCAAAUUAUAUAUUAAACGAAAAUUACUAUAAAAGCUAAUGUUAAUUUAACAAUAUUGCACAAAACUUUAUUCAAUUCCUAAAAUAUACUUCUUAGAAAGAAAAAAACACACAAAAGCAAGUUGUAACCAAAAUGAGAUUCUCAAGUCUUAAGAGCCAAUUUUAAAUGCCAAGAACAAAAAAACUGACCCAAACAAUUUGGAAAACCAUCUAAGCAAACUCUAAAAUUGACUCUUAAAGCUCACAAACGUGUUAAUCUUAGUAUGUAGCCUCUAAUUCAAACGUUUUUCAAACGGAGCACGGAAUUGUUGACCAGAAAGUAUAACAAGUAACUAAAAUGAGUAAGAAGACCCAACGUUGAAGGAAAUUUCUUUAAAUUAAAACGAAAAAUUAAUGGAGUUAUAAGUACCUUGAAUUAGCUGAUAGAUCAUACAACUACAGCAAAAAAUACUACAAAUAUUUAUUGAAAAUGCGAAAAGAGCAACAAAAAAAAUUGAUACGAACAAGAUCUUUUUAACUAUAUAGUCGUCUAUUUAAAGUAUAUUUAUGAGUAAAUAUUUAUUCGAAAAAUAGUAACAAGUCAAGAGUAAUAUAAAUGAAUGAUAACGAACAAAAACUGAUCCAUUGAACUAUAUAUAUAUAUACACUGUAUAUGAUGAAACGAUGUGAGUAAAUGCCCCAUGUAAAUAAAGAGGAGACAAACUACGAAUUCCAUAAUCGAUGCAAAUGAAUAUGGUUAAAAAAAAUAUGAGGGAAAACCAAAAAACAAGUGAUAAUUUGUUACUUUGGGUUCCAUUAGAAGUUAUUCGCCUGUAAAUUUUAAAUAAUUUAAAGCUGACGAAAAUUUUACCUAAAACAAACGUUUUUUCUUUAUAAAUAUUUUUUUAAACUUUAAUAUACAAAAAACUAUAUACAAGCGUGAAACAUUUUUAAGAGUAAGCCCCAAAAAAUAUAUCGCAUACAUAUCAGCAGAUCCCUAUAGAGGAAGUACAACUGCAAAAAGUUAAAAACACACAAGAACCUAUUUAACACUAAAUAUAUGCAACAUAUCAAUUAACAAAAACAUAUCAAAUAUGAAGAGCAAAAAGAAAAUUUUAAAUCAAAGCAAAAACACCUCUAUUAAAGUUAAGAGAAUUAUAUAAAAAA